UGUGUCAUAGGCAGCAUCACAGCAGCAGACAUUUGGCGAGGAAAAACACGGACUGCGGCUGCAUAUGCUCACGCUUAGUCUGGACGUAUCGGGGGAGUACAGGAUUGUGUUUUAAUAUCGGCGGCGUCGUUCUCUGAAAAUAAAAUCUGCCUUGACAGCCCUCCCUCCCUCCCCCUGUGUGGAUAGGUGACUGCAGAUUUGAUGGUGCUGAGCAGGCUCGUCUGAUUCGGCUAAGGGUUGCGGCCAGGGGGCAUCCGUGCGGCCGCAGAGAGAGAAACCGCUGUCCGCGAUUGCGUCCGUCCUCUGCCCUCCGUUUGUGAAUGGACUGCGCUCCCUCCGUGAUUUUCUGCAGUCGCUCUGAGUCAUUUGUGGAAGAAGAUGGCGGACAGAGCUGAGAUGUUUUCCCUCUCCACCUUCCAUUCCCUCUCUCCUCCCGGCUGCAGGCCAGCCCAUGAUAUCAGCCUGGAGGAGUUCGAUGAUGAGGAUCUCUCUGAAAUCACAGAUGACUGCGGGAUUGGACUCAACUAUGAUUCUGAUCCAUAUGAGAAGGACUCUCUCAUCCUGGAGAAGAAUGAGAUGCACCACCCAGUCUGCUCCUUCCAGGAUGACUUCCAGGAGUUUGAGAUGAUUGAUGAUGAGGAUGAGGAUGAUGAUGAGGAGGAGGAGGAAGAGGAGGUUGACCCUGAUGCACCCCCCUCACCCUCAGCUUCCCCUCCCCCCUCCCCGACCCUUGGCACUCUAAAGAGCAGACCCACUACACUUAACCUCACCACUGCUGUGUCACAGGAUUCAUUGAACAACAACAGUAGUCUAUCUCCAAAGAAAGGAAGCUGGCAGGACUCUUUACGCAAUCCUGCUUCACAAGGUCGUCUGUCUCCAACUCACUCAUGUCUUGAGGAUGGCAGCCAUGUGACAGGCCAAUGCCCAGCCUCUCCACUGUCCCAAGCACCUGGGUCCCAGAGCAAAGGUACUCCCCCAAAACAGACAGGGGAGGGUGGGCGCCCCCAGUCCCCUCACAGGCCCCUCCUCUGCGACAUGGAGGGCAACAGGCGGGAGAGGCCCGAAUACGGUUCAUUUGGUCAACACAAGUCCCACCCGUGCUCUGCUGAUGUCACUGAUUCCAAGGGUGACCCUCCAAUCCAAACAUCAAGAGUACCCUCUGUAGAUGAGCACUCCCAGUGUUCAGACACAGAGGUGGACCAUGACCUUAACAGUGACCACAACCGCAAACACUCAAACCGGCGUGCCAAUGACACCUACACAGUCACCAGCGAGUCAGGUAUGGAUCCAGAGAACGACCUAGACCCAGAUGGAACCAGUCGCUGCUUGUCGUCCACUGCACCCAUUGGAGCCAAUGACGGUGCUGACACACCUUUGUCUGACGAAGAGCUGGAGAAAGACUUUGAGGUGGAGUUCAUGUGUAAGGAGACCUAUGAUAUGGUGUGUAAGGAGAAUCAGGGCUCAUCAUAUGUGGAGUUCCCCUCCAUUGAGCCUUCAGAGCCUGCCUCCUUUUCCAGCUAUGUGUCCUCCAGUCGCUCUGAUGCUCCAGACCACUCCAAUUGUUCAGAUGUCCUGGCAGCUUCAGCCAUUGAAGCACCAGGACAUGACUCCAACUCUCCCUCCUCAGACCCAGGGAUAGCAGAUAUGAAUGCCAAACGAGGAUAUGAGACUUCAGACCAGGACCAGGACCUGAGCUCUCCAGGGUCUGACUCUGACAUUGAAGGGGAACUGGAGGCAGCAUUUGCUUGCGGAGGACCUCUGGUCUCCAACAUGAUCUCCUCCAUCUCAGAGACGGAGCUAGACCUCACUAGUGAUGACAGUAGCAGUGGACGCUCUUCUCAUCUCACCAACUCCAUUGAGGAGGCCAGUUCUCCUACAUCAGACCAGGAACUGGAUCCAGACACAGAGUUAGAGCAGGACAGUGGCAUUGUCGGACUGAAAGCUUCUCUGCUCCUGGGCCAGCCUGACCCAAUCAAAGAAGGGUCUCCUCUCCCAUCUCCCUCACCUUUGCCAUCGCCCACUCUAGCAACCCCAUCGCCUGUUGACUCGCCCAUCCUGCCCCCAGAGCCCUAUGAUGACGGUCAGGCUCUGAUGGGGCUGCAGAAUGUGGAUGAUGAGAUGUCCUAUGAGCACCAGGCUGACCCAGAUGAAACUCUGCCUCCAGCCCAGCGCUGUGAGGACAGCCUGUCCAGACAGAUGGUGCUGCAGAUAGAACCAGACCACAGCCUGGAGAGCUUCAAACGUUCUUUCUAUCUGCCAGUGGGACCUAGGCUAAUGCCCAGUUCUGAUGAUUAUGAUGGAACCAGUGAGGGAGACUCAGAGUCAGAGAGUGAAGAUGAGCUGAGUGAGAACUCAGAUUCACCCUGGCUGCUUAGCAACUUAGUCAAUAAGAUGAUCUCAGAGGGCUCUUACCCAAUCAGCUGUCCUGAAGAGUGCUUCAAGAGGAAGCUGUCUGUGUCUGAUACCAUCUCACCAUCCUCAGACAUUGAGGGAGAUGGGUUCAUUGAUGAGGAUCAAUUGAAGAGAUCAGGGAUAGAGGGAUCGGAUGAGGAUGACAAGGAAAAUAAAGGUUUAAGAAGGGAUAGGAUGGAAACAGGAGAGAGGGGCAAGAAUACAGAGCCACCAAAAGAAGAAUCUGUUGAAUGCAAUGAAAGGUUUGGCCCCUGUCUGUAUAUGAGCAACCCAACUGGUGACACCAUAACUCCAGUGAUUGUGGAGCGCUGUGUAAACAAUGGAAGGGGAACCACAGAUUGCAACCACUCCUAUACUACAAAAGACUCCGAGAAGAACUUUACAAACAAACCAUCCAAAAACUCCAGAAGAAAGGAGGAAGACGAAGACGAGGAUGCCAUAGAGCCUAAUAACGACUUGAUGAUGCUGGAGGGAAGAAAGGAACUGGACUCACCCAGCCUGAGUGAGAGUGUGGUCAGCGACAAGGACGAAGGACGAGAGACAGAGCCCAGGCCGACAAGUCGCUCCUCAGCCUCUCUUGAGCGCAUCACCGAGGUCAAACACAGCCUGACACUGGACAUCCCCACCACCCAGACCAACCGCUGCUUCAGCCUCACUUACUCCACAGACAAUGAUGAAGAGGAGGAAGAGGAGGACUCUUCUCCAUUUGUGGGCAGCUUGAGGAAACAGUCGUCCUACAGGAGUAGUGACUAUCUUGAUAGUUCACCACCUAUUGAUGAGAGUGUGCAUAACCAUCCCCUGUCUGACCAGGACCUCCCACUGUGUGAGAAAGACCUCGCUCUGAGGCAGCAGAAUGACGAUGAAGGAUUGGCCUAUGACUCCAUGAAGUACACAUUGGUGGUGGAUGAAAAUACCACUCUAGAAUUGGUCAGCCUCAGAAGGUGCACCUCUGUUUUGAGUGAUGACAGCGAGCUCUCCACGCUCUGUGAUGAGGAACCUUUAGAGACGGGAGAGGCGGACUACGACCACGGUGAUGAGGGGGUGAGGCCAGAACUCCUCAGCUCCUCUGAGGACUCCUCCCCUGAGGCUGACUUGCCUUUCUCAAAGAAGUUCCUCAAUGUCUUUGUCAACAGCACCUCCCGUUCCUCCAGCACAGAGUCCUUCGGACUUUUCUCCUGUACCAUCAAUGGAGAGGAAAGGGACCAGACACAUAGGGCAGUCUACAGGUUCAUUCCCAGACAUGCAGAUGAGCUUGAGCUUGACGUGGAUGAUCCUUUGUAUGUAGAGGAGGAGGAGGAUGACUACUGGUACAGAGGUUACAACAUGCGGACGGGAGAGAGGGGCAUUUUCCCUGCCUUCUAUGCGCACGAGGUCAUAGGCCAGUCGAAAGAGCUGAUGGGGGUGAAGAGGAACCCAGCAUGGAUUGAGACUUUCAGUGUUCAGUUCUUGGGUUCUGUAGAGGUACCUUAUCACCAAGGCAAUGGCAUUCUCUGUGCUGCCAUGCAGAAGAUUGCAAUAUCGAGGAAACGGACGGUACAUGUGCGACCGCCUUCUCUGUGUGAGUUGGAGAUAAGCUUGCAAGGAGUUAAACUGAUCAUGAGCCUGGAGGAUGAAUAUGAUACUCUUGAUGAGUAUGACAGAUGUAGUCACUUCUUCCAGAUGAAGAACAUCUCAUUCUGUGGAUGCCAUCCAAGGAACAACUGCUACUUUGGCUUCAUUACUAAGCACCCCAUGCUGAACAGAUUUGCCUGCCAUGUGUUUGUAUCCCAGGAGUCAAUGCGGCGUGUAGCAGAGUGCGUUGGACGAGCUUUCCAGGAGUACUACCAGGAGCACCUGGAGUAUGCCUGCCCCACCGAGGACAUCUACCUGGAGUAAGAAGUGUUGCCAUGACAACCACCUUCUUCCUCUUCACCCUCCUCCACAGCUUGUGUAUGUUCAUCAACUUUGCCACCAGAGGGCACUGGCGGUGGGGAUUUUCUCUCCAUUGUAAAAUACCCUUGUGUAUCCCUCAAAAACUGGGAUCUUCAUUUAAUUUCUACAGUAUGCUAGGCAUUUGACUGAUUUCAUUCAUCUAUUUAUCUGUUUAUUUCCAUCCAUCGUGAUGGAUUGAUUGCCUGUUUCUUUUCAAUUUUUCUAUGAUAUAAAAGCAAGAGGCUGAGCACUUGUUAAUUUAAGGGUUCCUCCUUUGAAACAAAAACAACAAUAUACCUACUACUGCUGUUUCACUUUUCAAUGCAUGGCUAGUAGGGUUAAUGCACACAGACACCAAGAAAUACACACAUCCAAGGGAAUGGCAAAGAGCUCAACAAUCAAUAAGGGAAUGGUGUAGAAUUGCUAAGUUGGCAGUUAGGGAAUUGUAAAUAUGUAUUUGUCCGAUACUGACAAACUGCUAAUUUGAUUUAUACUGAUAGUGGCAUUGGAGCAAAGUAGAGAGAGUACAGUGAACUGUCCUUGGUCUGAGCUUACCCCCAUGUCGCGUACAAGCUGUAGUGUGUGUUGUAAAUACAUGUAUAGAAAGUAGAAACAUACAGGCACCUCAUACAAACUAUGUAAGAAACACUCACAGCUAAGAGACAAAGAUGACAGAGGGGAUCUUACUCUCAGUUUUAAUGUGGUUGUGACAGCAGUAGCUGAAGGCGUGAGAUAUUGUAGGAAAGUUGCGAUGGAAUGUAAAAAAAAAAAAAAAAGAAAGAAGGAAAAAAAAUACAAUAGUCACCAGAGUGAUGGUCCGUCACCUCACAUCAGUGGCGGUAAGACAAAGCUUUGCAUUUGCUAAGAGAGGGAGUGGAAAUGUUUGGACAGGAUGGAUAAUAAGCAGAAUUAGCAUUGCUGAAUCUCAUCAGCCCCACAGAUAUUCCUCUCAAAGUCUGGCUUCUCAUACCAAGCUCUGGAUUAGUAAAGUAACUGUUAUGACAGCGCCGUUCCUCUUUUGUCUCGCCACCAGGAGAGCUUCGAUCAGAUACAAAUCCACUGUUAAGACUUCCAUAAACUCAUAAAUGUUUCACUCUGCUCAGUGUGACUUUCAGGGUCAAACAAAGCAAAGCAAAGAUCCUCUGAAAAGCCAUAUUCUCACACCUCUGACUGUUGAAUUUCUCUAGUUUUCACUGACGUCCAUGGUCUCCAUUUUCUUUUGACUUGGCAGUUUCAAUGAGGGAAAAGGGGCGACUGGAUUAGCAUGAGAAAAAAGCUGUAGCUGUAGUGUCUUACUGUACAAUGAGUGCUGUACUAAUAAUACUUUGGUAUCAAACAGGAAUCAAACCCAUAAUAAAGCAUUAAAAGGAAGGUGGUUUUAUUGGUGUGUUAUAGGCUUGGUUAGACUUCGAACUUAUUUUUCAAAGAUGAUGCCUCAACGGGAUAGGAGGGAUGGCUACAUGUUCCCAGAUGAAUUUAUUGCUUUCAGCCUGGUCCAUGGUUACAUCAUUUGCUUACAUUACACAACAACCUCUUCUCUGGGGUUGUUUUAGCAUACUAUGCCUAACAUGGGAGGAGGGGGUAGAUUGAAUUACAGUGUAGUCAAUACAGCCAACUGAUGCUUCAAAUGGCAGACGGGCUUUGAGGCUCCCCCAGCACCCUCUAUUGUUUAUUUAGACCCAGUUUCACAUCUUGCUCUACUGCUUUCAAUCACCAGUCCCAGAACAAACACCUCAGAUCUGCAGGAUUUCAAUGGUGAAAAAUUCAGAUGGACAGUGGAAUUGGUGGAGGGUAGGUAGGGUGUUUUCUACAUGUGUGUCGCUGUCAGUUAGAUCAUGUAUAUAUACAAUAGCAAAUCUAAAAGAUAGUGCUGUGUCCUUUAUGUUGAGUAUGUUAUCGAAAUGAAUAUGUACAUGAGUUAAAAAGACAACUUUAAAAAGGUCACAACCAAACAAAACCCCUGAAAGACAAGAAAAAAUUUAACUUUUGUGAUCUGCAAUAAUUUUAUUUCUGCAUCUUGUUUCCACACAAGGUGUUAUCUCAGCAUCCGUCACACCGAUGGCAUUUUGAGUUCUUGCCAACUCCAUUUCACUCCAGACAGGCUUCAGCAGCACAUUUAGGGCACAUUUGUGAGAUGUGACAUCAUUAGUGUGUGACACACCCACCAGAGUACUGACCAAUCUGCUGUUAGAGCUGAAUAGUGACUGAGUCGGCUGCCAUACGAAAACUAUUAUUGCAUCUUGCCAAUUAUAGUUAUCGCCUUUGAGCUCCAGCAGUGUGACCCAUCUCUGAUCUGUAUCUAUUUGCUCUUGAUUAUGUUUUUCUAUCUUGUUACAGCCUAGUUAAAUCCCUUCGUUUCAGCUACACAAGCCAACCUCUGAGGAUGAUCUAGUCCUGUAUAGCCGCUGAGACAUACAUUAACAGUUAAACCAAACUUUUGACUUUAUUACAUAAACAAGAUUCUUCACUGUAUACCUAGAACAAAUCAGUAUGUGACAGAACAAACAUAUCCUAUCUUGUAUCUUUAAAAACAAGGACUUGUAAAAUUCAAAGGAAAAACCAAGAAAAAAAAAUGACAAAAAAAUCACUCUGCCUUGUCAUGGGUUUGGUCUUAUGAAUAAAAUAUAUGCUUGAUGUCCAAAAA